GGUAGGCAAGCAAAACCCAAACCUCUCUCUCUUUCUCUCUCUCUCUCUCUCUCUCUAGCCCUUCUAGCACUGGGCUCCUUCCCCCACCCUACUACCCUCUCUGCCUCCUGUUCUCUUCUGCCCUCUGCUCUGAUCUUUUAAAGAUUUUAGAAUUGGAUGCUUCUUUUCUGUUAAAUUUCAGUCCUUGACCCGAUUCUGAAUCCUCCCCCCCCCUAUCAAUGAAUUGUGAUGAAUCGAUGAUCAUCAUCAUAUUGCUUGCUUAAUAAGAGAUAAAAAGAAAAAGAAAAGAAAAGAGAAUCUGCUUUUUAGUACUUGGAUGCCCUGAAACAACUGAAAGUUGAAGAAGAAAGAAAGAAAGAAAGAUGAAGAUGAUGGAGGAGGGGGGAUGAAGAGAUAUAGCUGGCGUAUGUGCCUGCUUACAUUGGAUUUUACAACUUUUACUUUUAUUUUAUUUUGAAUAAUAUAAAAUUAUAGGAUGCUGCUAUGAGAAGUCUCCUUUUGCUUUUACUACUCUCUUCUUCUUCUUCUUCUUGCACCCCCAUAAAAGCUGCACGUAGGGUUCAUUUUGUUCCUUAUUGUUGUUGAGUCCAGCAAGUUUUAUUCAUUGGUCAAACUUUAGCUUUCCCUUUGGGAUUUUACACUGACCAAUUUUGUGGGGUUUUUCUUUUUUUUUACUCUGCCCUAACUAGAGUUGGGUCUAUCUACUAGAUUUUAAAAAGAAAGAAGAAAAAAAAAAGUAAGAAAUGGGGAAUGGGGAUUACGAUAGAGGAACCGGUGAUACCCAUCUGAAUUGCCCAUCUUCAGGUUCCAUGUUUAAAUCAUCUUCAAAUUCUGCCGAUCCUUUCUUUGCUUCUGGUUGGGACCCACUUCUUCAAAUGGGUCAUAACCCGAUACCCAAUUUCGGACCUGACUACGGCGGUGGCGGCGGCGGCGGCGGCGGAGGAAUCGGACUGGGAAAUCAGGCUAUCCCUUCUCAUUUCUCGGAUAUGGCUGGAUCCUUUGGUAUUCAUGGUUGUGGUCAGAUGGGUCCAUCUGAUCAUCAGAUUACUUCAACGAAUAGUGCACACUCUCAUGGAGAGAAGCAACCUUCAUCGGAAGGAGCAGCAGCCAUGGUGGAUUCGCCUAGAGGAAAGAGAAAACGGAAAGCUGUGGAACCCAAUUCACCUUUCAAUUCCAUUAAGAAUGAUGAGGAGAGGAAGAUCAAAGACGUGUCUAUUGAGAAUUCAGAUAAUAGCCCUAAUGAAGUAGAAGAUAAGAGAAACAAAAGUGAUGCGAAUUUGCGUGGUAAACAGCAAAUGGCUAAAGCUCAAGAAAUUCCCAAUAAUGGUGAAUCUCCUAAGGAUUCAUACAUUCAUGUGAGGGCAAGAAGAGGGCAGGCAACUAAUAGUCACAGUCUUGCAGAAAGGGUAAGAAGAGAAAGAAUUAGUGAAAGAAUGAAGUUGCUUCAAGAACUUGUUCCAGGUUGCAAUAAGAUCACUGGAAAAGCUGUAAUGCUAGAUGAAAUCAUCAACUACGUUCAAUCGCUUCAGCAACAAGUCGAGUUUCUGUCGAUGAAACUUGCAACCGUCAAUCCAGAACUGAAUGUUGAUAUCGAAAGGAUUAUUUCGAAAGAGAUUUUGCAAUCGCGGGUUGGGAACAUUCCAGUUCCUGGAUUUGGUCCGUCGAUGAACCACAACAACCCACAUCAUUCUUAUUCACCCGGAAUUCAACCAGGAAACUUGGCUGGAGGUGGCCCAAGUUUAAUCCCAUAUCAUCAUCAACCUAUGCCUCAGAACAUAUGGGACAAUGAUCUCCACAAUCUUCUCCAAAUGGGAUUUGAUUCAAAUCAAGCAAUCAACAACAACUUGGGACCAAAUGCAGGUUGCCCAAAGACGGAUCUAUAACAUUUUUCACUCAAUUAAUUAAAAGGUGUUCAAUUCAUCAUAUAUGUCUAUGUUGAUUUGCACAUAUAAGGUACUGCAACAAUUAAAGGAAAGGAAAUAUUUGUUGAAGAGAAGUUGUAUAGGAUUAUCAUGAUGAACUUCCUAACUUUUUGUUUGAUUUAUUUCUUCGAGUUUUAACAGAAGAUGAAGAUAGAUUCUUGAACUUUGUACAACCAGUUUUUCAGACGGUGAAAAACUGAGAAUGAAUUCGUUUGUUUGAGUUUGGCAUGGCCUUGUAGAUGAUUUGGGGGACUACUAUUUUCGAGGAUGUGUUUUCUUUACGGUUGUAAAAGAAUACAUGAUUUUUAAGUCUUUGAUUGUGGAGUUCUUUCAAAAGAAUAAGCUAUACUUCUUGUUCAUCCAACCA